GCGUGGACUCUGCCAGGGCCGCCCUUAAAUAGUGGAGGGCCAGUGAGACCAAGAGAAGGAAGCCAGGCCGGAACCCCCUGGACCCAGCCAGGCCAACGCUGCCAUGAAGCUCCUGAGCGUGGCUCCUUUGCUGCUCCUGGUCCUGCACACUGGACUCGGUGGGAUGGAGGUGCGCUGGUGCACCAUCUCAGACCCGGAGCAGCAGAAAUGCAAUGACAUGAGCAAGUCCUUCCAUGGGGCUGGCAUCCAGCCUUCCCUCCUCUGCAUCCAGGGCACCUCUGCUGACCACUGUGUCCAGCUCAUCAAGGACCAUAAAGCUGAUGCCAUCACCUUGGAUGGAGGAGCCAUUUAUGAGGCAGGGAAGGAGCAUGGCCUGAAGCCAGUGGUGGGUGAAGUAUAUGACCAAGACGCUGGCACCUCCUAUUACGCCGUGGCUGUGGUCAGGAGCAAUUCCAAUGUGACCAUCCACACCCUGGAGGGUGCCAAGUCCUGCCACACAGGCAUCAACCGGACUGCGGGCUGGAACGUGCCGAUUGGCUACCUAGUGGAGAGUGGCCAUCUUUCGGUGAUGGGCUGCGAUGUGCUCAAAGCUGUUAGUGACUAUUUUGGGGGCAGCUGCGUCCCUGGAACAGGAGAAACCAGUUACUCUGAGUCCCUCUGCCGCCUCUGCCGUGGUGACUCUUCUGGGCACAACGUGUGUGACAAGAGCCCCCUAGAGAGAUACUACGACUACAGUGGGGCCUUCCGGUGCCUGGCGGAAGGAGCAGGUGAUGUAGCCUUUGUGAAGCACAGCACGGUGCUGGAGAACACUGAUGGGAAAACCCUGCCAUCCUGGGGCAAGGCGUUGAUGGCACAGGACUUCCAGCUACUGUGCCGGGAUGGCGGCCGGGCCGACGUCACUGAGUGGAGACGAUGCCACCUGGCCCGGGUGCCUGCUCAUGCCGUGGUGGUCAGGGAUGACAUGGAUGGGGGCCUCAUAUUCCAACUGCUCAAUAAAGGCCAGAUUCUAUUCAGCCAUGAGGCCAGCAGCUUCCAGAUGUUCAGCUCUGAGGCCUACGGCCAGAAGAACUUGCUGUUCAAAGACUCCACCUUGGAGCUUGUGCCCAUUGCCACACAGAACUAUGAGGCCUGGCUGGGCCAGGAAUACCUGCACGCCAUGAAGGGUCUGCUGUGUGACCCCAACCGGCUGCCCCAUUACCUACGCUGGUGCGUGCUGUCCACACCCGAGAUCCAGAAGUGCGGAGAUAUGGCUGUGGCCUUCAACCGGCAGAGACUCAAGCCAGAGAUCCAGUGUGUGUCAGCUGAGUCCCCUGAGCACUGCAUGGAACAGAUCCAGGUAGGGUAUAUUGAUGCAGUGACCUUGAGAGGAGAGGACAUCUACACAGCAGGGAAGAUGUACGGCCUGGUCCCAGCCGCCGGGGAGCUGUAUGCCGAGGAGGACAGGAGCAAUUCCUACUUCGUGGUGGCUGUGGUGAGGCGGGACAGCUCCUACUCCUUCACCCUGGAUGAGCUACGCAGCAAGCGGUCCUGCCACCCAGGCUUGGGCAGUCCUGCGGGCUGGGAUGUGCCCAUAGGCUCCCUCAUCCAGCGGGGCUUCCUCCGGCCCAAGGACUGUGAUGUCCUCACAGCGGUGAGCGAGUUCUUCAAUGGCAGCUGUGUGCCCGUAAACAACCCGAGGAACUACCCUCCUUCGCUGUGUGCGCUCUGCGUGGGUGAUGAGAAUGGCCGAAACAAGUGUGUGGGCAGCAGCCAGGAGAGGUAUUAUGGCUACAGCGGGGCCUUCAGGUGCCUUGCGGAGAAUGCAGGGGAUGUUGCCUUUGUCAAGCACACAACUGUCUUUGAGAAUACAAAUGGCCACAACCCUGAGCCCUGGGCUGCUCACCUCAGGUCGCAAGACUAUGAGCUACUCUGCCCCAAUGGGGCCCGGGCUGAAGUAAGCCAGUUCCAAGCCUGCAACCUGGCACAGAUACCAUCCCACGCUGUCAUGGUUCAUCCAGACACAAACAUCUUCAGUGUGUAUGGACUCCUGGACAAGGCCCAGGACCUGUUUGGAGAUGACCACAACCAGAAUGGGUUCCAAAUGUUUGAUUCCUCCAAAUACCACAGCCAAGACCUGCUUUUCAAAGAUGCGACAGUACGAGCAGUACCUGUUGGUCGGAAAACCACAUACCUGGAAUGGCUCGGUCCUGACUAUGUGGCAGCCCUGGAGGGGAUGCUGUCUCAGCAGUGCUCGGGUGCAGUGGCCGCGGUGCACCGAGUCCCCCUGCUGUCUCUGCUCCUGCUGGGCCUGGCCGCAGGAUUCCUCCUGCACCUUCUCUGAACGUGGCUGCUGCAGGCGGCAGCAGCCUGAGCAGGGAAAGCUACAGAGUGCAACCCAGGAAACCUGGAAAUCCGCUAACCCUGCAGGAGAGCGCGGGAUGCAAGAGGCAAGGCGAGGUCUCUCGUACACAGUCCCCGGAUGUGCGAUUCUAACCCAAAGAGAAAUUUCUGGAAUCAGGAUGAUUGUUAAGGCCAAGUCUUCCCACCUGCCCGAGCCCUCGGUACCUGAGGCGACUGGCGAGCAGCCCAGUCAUGCCUCCCACCUGGAGCCUCCGGGCUGGCUGGGGAAAAGAGACCGGUUGCCAUGGCAACCGUGGAGCGGCUUCCCACACCAGCCUCUGCCAGUAGCCUGGGAAGGUGUCAAGGCAGGGAGCCCACCACCAACCUAGAGGACCUCAGUGGCACACUCACACCCCUCAGCCCCUGCUCUCGUUCCCCAACCGCUCUCUCCUGAGGACAUUUGCCCACCAAGGCUCGGAGGAGCAAGGUUGCUGAGCACCUGAACCUUCUGUGACACCAAGGAGCCCAACCCUCUGGACAGCAGAUUCUACCAGAAUGGGACAGGAGAAAGGCCAGAACCGGACUGUGGGGAUGGACUCCUGUAGAAAACCUCAGAUGAAGGAAGUGCCCCCUAGAAAGAAUGUUAGUGGGUGAGGAGCCUGAUAUAGGGUGGGGUCUCUCCUGCUUAGCAGUUCCUGUGUAGGACCUGCCAUGCCAUGCCUGGACCUCACUGCAGAGUGAAAUGCUUCCUAGAAUCCACUGUUCCCUCCU